CUCGCCGCAGUAUGAUGUCGACACGAGUCGGUUGUAAACAUGGAGGAGAGAGAAGCACUGAAGAGGCAAAUUGAACUUCUUCAAAAUCUAAUCAAUAAACACAAGAGCGUCCAUGGUGACACCCCAUUCCCAAGAGAUGAGCCGAGGCAUCCAGAAGCUCCAACAUCAGCCAGAGGCAGAGGUCACAGCACAUCUGUCGUCCAUCCUCACAGCUCCAGAGGGAGACUGUAUGCUCCUCAGAGUCAUGGAAGUUGGAGGAAAAUGUACUCAUUGAGCAACAAGGACCACCAGUCCUCUGUACGACAUCCCUCAGCUUCUACCUCCUCCUCUGUUCAUCAGUCCCACAGUGUAUCUCAGAGCAGCUCACUGCCCAGCCUCAGCAGAGGAGAGGAGAGUCAAAGAGUCAACACUGCCACUAUAUCAUCAGGGAGCCCUCAACAGAAGAGAGAGGGACAUAGAAGCAGCAUCACAGGAAGUGCAGCGAAACAGAAACAAAACAAAGAUACUCUCAGAAAAACAGCUGUGUCUCAGGAUGAAGGUGGAAAAGAAGAUUCAAGCUCAACAGGCACAAAUGUGCCAACAUCUCACAGACAGGCUCAAGAAUUUCUGCAGAGGACUGAAAGCAAGCCUGCAGUCCAGCCCGAAAAGAACGUUGGUGGCUCUCAGGAAGUGCCAUCUUCAGUUAAGGCCAAAACCACAUCCAGUUUGCAGAGCAGUCCUCAACCACAGAUCAAACCUUCACUGACAAGCAAAACCAGCUCUGAUGCUAAACGGACUCUAAGUACGACAACUCCGGCAAUUCCCACCACUGGUAGUACUGCACCACCUCUUCCUGCUCUGUUGAAAGUGCCAAAACAACCUUCUGUUAACACCACCUCUCACACCAGCCAGGGCCAAGCAUCUUUUUUGAAAAAAUCUAAGUUCACAUGGGUUAAAAGCCAGAACAUCAGAGGAGUGGAGCCUAAACAAACUAGCUUAAUUACCUCCUCCCCAGGCAAAGCUGUGACUGCUGCCCCAACAUCUGUCUCAAAAGCUGGAGCAGCGAGUGGAAGCUCCCCCUCAUUCUCAAGCAGCAAGCGAACCCCUGCCAAGAAGUUACCUCGAAAGCUGAGUACGGUCAUUGUAGCCCCCAAGACCUCCAAGUACAAAUGGGUGUCGUCCUCUGCUGGAGCCCAAGCUAAAAUACCUCGAAAAUCACCAUCGCCCAAAGCCCUGACUCAUUCCCAGAGAGCUCUGGAGAAAGGAGAGGCCACCAAGAAACUCAGAGCAGCCUCCACUCCCUCUGCAAAGAUAAAAAAGGGAAUUGCAGGUUCCUCUAGCAACUCCUCACUGAGUAGCCGAUACCGAUGGAAGGCUGGAGGCCAGAGUACCUCUGUGGCAGUGACAGGAGGCGGGGCAGUGUCCCGUCGUAGAUCUGCCUUCCACUGGACGUCAGAAAAAAACAACAAAGGAGUGAAAGGAGGGUUUGUUCUUUCCCCAUCUGUAGCCCAACGUACCUCCCUGUCACCAUCCUCCUCUCCUGGUGGGUUCAAGCUCCGCAGCAGGAUGAAAAUCAUCAGGAAAUCUGCUAGUAGCGGAGGUGUAUCAGAGAAGGGGGCCAGCCCAUCAGCAGUAAAGUUCUCCCCGCGGGGCCGGUUGCACACCUUGACCAGGUCUCCCAUAGGAGUCAGAAGGACACCCUCCAGGGAGCUUGUGUCUUUUGGUAGACACAAGUUGAGACGACUCUCCCCCACCUUAUCAAGAACAAGUCCUACCUUCUCCUCCUCGUCCCACCGUGGCCCCGCCUCUCAACGGGUGUUCAGAACUCGCUACAAGAUGGUGACCCGCCCGGGCUCCAGCACCUCCCACACCCCCCACUACAACCCUGGCCUAUCUUGGAGAGCCAAAAGGAUCCAGACUGCAAGGAGUUUCCUUCAGAGCCGUAUGCGAGCUCCCCAUUAUAGACACCCGUCAUCCACUCAGCACUGGAGGGGAAGCAGCAUGUGUUGGAUUCGUGGUUCCCUGUAUCGGGUGUCAGCCAAUAAGCUGUCCCGCACCGUGGCAUCCAGCAUGUCCAUCAACCGAACAGUUCUUCUUCACCAAAAAAAACAUACAGGAAGGUCUUUCAGCAGUGGCCAGGUCUCACCUAUGAGUCCUGCUUUCACCCGCUCCUCCAGUUCUCGUCAUUUAGCCAGCCGUGCAGUCCAGCGGAGCCUCGCCAUAAUCAGACAUGCUCGUCAGAAGAAGCAGCAGAAGCAGUACUGCAUGUACUACAACCGCUUUGGCAAGUGUAACCGUGGCAACAGCUGUCCCUACAUCCACGACCCAGACAAGGUUGCCGUCUGCACUAGGUUUCUGCGAGGCACAUGCAAGCAGGCGGACGGGACAUGCCCAUUCUCCCAUAAGGUGGCCAAGGAGAAGAUGCCUGUGUGUUCCUACUUCCUGAAGGGGAUCUGUAACAACAGCGACUGUCCCUACAGUCACGUCUAUGUGUCCCGCAAAGCUGAAGUGUGUGAGGACUUUGUCAAAGGCUACUGUCCUGAGGGAGAGAAGUGCAAGAAAAAACACACUCUGGUAUGUCCGGACUUCUCUAAGACGGGAUCUUGCCCUCGGGGAGCUCGCUGCAAGCUGCAGCACCGCCAACGAGUAAAACGAAGCGCCAGCAGCACCUCCACUGCCACAGCCAAAAGAGCCAGAACCAAGGAGCCUUCUAAGAGGCCCCGCCUGUCUGUCGUCAUGCCGCAGGGCUCUCAGGCAGCUCCAGGGACGCCCACCAAAGGUCCUCUGGAACUGCCGUCCUUCAUCUCCCUCUCCAGCUCCCCAGAGGAGGCAGACGCACCAGACACACUGCCAGCCGAGACCUUGCAGGUUAAAGAGAAAAAACUGCAGAUCAAGCCUCGGCUGUGAGACGACAGAGAGCAGCAAGCACUGGAGGUGAAAAACACUCCUGGAUGAUUUCGGUGCUCCAGGUUUGUCCUGACACGUGUUUCUGUAUCUCCUCCCUAUAAAUUUAUUCACUCAGGGCCUGAAAGUUUUAUCAUCUAUAUCAAUAAAUCUCUUGCAUAUCUGACAUAUCACUUUGGGUGUUUACAGUACAGAUUUAUUUCCCAUCAGAUUUUGUACAUUUUAAACUGACAAAUAAAAUAUCAACUCUAA